UAGGUGGGACUGCGGAAAAGCCGUGCAAACCAGAAGGAAGAGGGGACCUGUUUUAUAGGGAAUAAGAGACCGUUGACACAGAACAACCCCCAGACCAAGUGCCUUCAUAGUGUCCUGAAGGAAGUGGAACUCAUCCGGACCUUCAGGGAUGGGCAAAUUGAAGAGGCAACUAGGUUCAAUCAAGAGUUGGAAAGAGAGCUGAAGAGCUCCCAGGAAGCUCUGCUCAGCCUGGAAGACUGCAACCGUAACCUGAAGAGGGAGCAAGCAGAAAUGAGGAAGAAGGUUGAAGAGGCAAGACUUGCUGUCCUUAACAGUCUUGGCAAAGUGAAGGAGCUAGAAGUGAAAGCCAGCGAGGUGCCACAUCUCCAAAUACGCAUUCAGCAGCUAGAAUCAGAACUGCAGCACUGCAGGUCAGAAAUGGUGAGACUGCAGGUUCCCUCAAGAGGCAGCCCGGAGCAGAGGGAGGGAGCAGCCCUACCCAACAGGAGAUGCUCCCUGUCUGGUGUGCAGCAGGACCGACGGUCUCCCACCGGUGUAGCUGGGCUUUCUGAGAAUGAGGAUCAGCUGUUCCGCUCUGUGGAGGGCCAGGCUGCCUCUGAUGAAGAGGAGGAGAAGUGGACAGGACACCAGCCAUCUCAGGUGGACGAAAUGAAGAAAAUCCUGGGCAAUCUCCCUUGCUGUGGCAGCGGAUGUGAUGAAAAAAUGUGGAAAAAGCUGAUGUCUUACUUGGAGACCACCAAUCCUGACGACUAUGAAACUGCCCCUGCGGAGCUUACAGAGAGAAUCACACCACUAACCGAGCAGCUGGAGCUUAAAGGGCACGAGGUGAAAACACUGGAAACAAAUAUGGAAGAGAUGAAAGGCCCAUUGCUAGGUGAACUGCAGCAGAAGGUGGAGGAGACCGAAUUGUUGAAGAUGGAGCUGCAGAUGUUGGAGACUGAGCGAGUUAGGCUGUCACUGGUGGAAGAAAAGCUCAUGGAUGUUUUACAGCUUCUUCAACAACUUCGAGACUUGAACAUAUCUAAGCGAGCCUUGGGGAAAAUCUUGCUGAGCACUUUGGAUUCCUGCCGUGACCCCCAACCUGGAAAAGCCCACCUCUUUGAAGUCCUAGACACUCUCCACCACGAGCUGACAGCCUGCGAACUCUUAAAAAGCCAGCCUCUGGAGAAGGCACAGAGCCACCAGUGCUUGUCUAACCCACUGGUGAUCUCGUGCUGA